AUGCAAGAAUAUGGUGGCGGUGGUUCGAGCAAAACGAACGAGUACCGCGACGGGGAAGGCAGGGAGAGGAGUGGGCACCAAGAGGGCUACCAGCAGUCUGGACAAUACGCAGUGAUCCAGUCCAAGAACUAUGGGUGUUCCAGUAAGGAUUUAUCUGAUCAAAACAUGGCAACUUAUUGUAGAGUUGCCACUGGUAUUUACGAAGCAUCUGCAUCUAGCCAACAAUACCAAAAUUCAAGAUAUGAAAACCAAUCUGCUCCUACCUUUAGUUCCCCUCCGAACUCCCCCCUGAUCGGCUUGGUCUUCGAUCCAUCAUCGCCAAAUUACGGAGGCUCUUCUGUAGCUGGUGAACGAAACCUGAACAAUGAUCGGCGCUCACAGAACUCAUGGUCAGUUUCUAAUCAAGAACCUAUUGGAACAGGAGCCAAAAAGAAAAUUAUUAAAAGUCAGGACAAACGCAACAACUAUUGUUCUGACUCACAUUACCAUGAUAAGUACAAAGACGCAGGUGUAGAAACUGACCGUCAGCGAAAGGAUAGAAACUUAGCUGCAGAAUCCACAUCCAGUCUUGAUUUCUUCGUUGAAGGAGAAAGAAUGGUAUCGGAACUUUGCAACAUACCUGAUACUACUACCAGAAGUGAUAUCGCUCAAAAGUCAUUCCAAAAAUCUAGCAACCAAGACGAUGAUAAAGGCAAAGUUAAUACAUCCACUGAGACAUUUAUGACAAUCUUGGAUAAAAUAGUAAUUCAUGAUCAAAUUCCCAAUCAAAUAGUUCAACUAGCGAUUGAAGCUUGCACUGACGCUGAAAAUAUUGCUAUUGCACAUCACAACAGACCUUGUUUUAAGAAUAUACAUUCUAUUUGCGCUAAAACUAGAUCUAAUGUACAAAAACCAGACAGCGCUGUAGCCAAUUUACAUUCUCAGGGAAUCCCAUGGGUUAUUAAAAAUUUUAUAUUCUCUUUCGUCAGAAUAUUAGACGGAUGGAAAGGAGUAAAAGAAUUGCUCAGUGAAAAACAUGACACAUUUUCUAGAAUAGAAAAUAAAUAUUACAGCCCGAAUAUAAGGGACUGUUUCGUGCAGUGGCAAGCUGUUACAAAAGAAAUGCUCACACAUAUUUAUAAGACUUUUAAAUGUCUCGAUCACGGUUUUACUAUGGAACAAAAGAGUUUUACUCAUAACUAUUAUGCUACAAAUACUUCAGCGCCACGGCACCAAAACCAAAAUAAAUUUCAAGCAACUAAAUCUCAUGUUAGUACUCCUAGACAAGUGAAUGCAUCACCGCAAACUUUUAAUGCAGUUCAGCUUCCAUGGGUACAAAGUCAAAAUCAAUCAACACAAAAUUUCAAUGACAACCCAUGGCCACCUAGAUCUGGUAUAAGUUAUAAGAAAUUUCCUGUUGUUCCGCCACCAAACUCGCAUAACUUUUAUUCGCUGAAUGAUCAAAAUGAUAUUGACAAUUUUCAAAAAACUUCAUACAAAUGUGACCCUUGUAGUAUCCGUGAAGCAAAACCUCGACAAUCUUGGACGAUUACAAAUGUUCCUGACUUUCGGACUUUAGAAGGUAUGUGUCAUUCUGAACAAAGAGAACUUUAUACUCAGUUAAAACACAAAAUGGAUGCGGAAUUGGGAAAAGCUCCUGGUCAACCCAUCAUUGGAAAUUCACAAUGUGAUUUGUUGCAAAGAAGGGAAAUGGAGCUAAAAGCAAAAAUGAUACCUCUCAGCCAUGUCGAGAAAAGACUAAUACCAAGUAUGGCGGCUACUGCUGAAAUGAGAGGAUGUUACAUGCAAAAAAAUAAUAGUUGUGGUGAUACUAAAGAAGAGGCAGAUUUUUUUGCGGCGUGGGGUCAGAUGGUCCAAAAAGAACCUAAUGAUUAUAUAACUCAUCACUCUCACAAUAUUCCAAUACAAUCGAAUAUUGUGACGAUUCCAAAUAAUAUCUCUGGCCCCGUACAAUUUAUCGAUUCCGAAAAUGAUGAGUUCCAUGAAAUGUCCAAAGUAUAUAUGAAGCCCGGAAGUUAUAAAGUACCGAUUAAGCCUGCGGACCCAAUAGCUGUUUUUGUUCAAGGCGCUGCACAAGAUAUCAUAUUUGAUAAUCCAGUUCCAGUAGAUGAAAUGAUUCCUUUGAAAAUGAAAGCCCCAUUUCCUCCUGUGACUUUGGCACCGCAACCAAAGUACAACAUUGAAUCUUGGCCUUGUUUAGUGUCUAGGCGCAUGGAAGAUGUCUUUAAUGAAGAUACAAAAGUAAUAUCUCGACAUGGCUUACCUUGUAUAGACAUGAGAUCCGCUGAUUCUCUUGAUAUUCUAAGUGCUAUGACUUCAGACCGUGCUUGGGAAGCAGCUAAACAAUCCGCUCCUAAACUAAUGGACUUCAUUCAUGAAGGAUCCAACAAAUCUGACACGGCAAGAUUAUAUGACGCAUUAGGAUUAACUACUAGUGAAGAAUUUUCAGAUGACCUAAAACAAGUUCAUCUGAACAUGGUACAAGCCGAUGACUGGACUGCUGGGAUAUCACCAAAUCAUCUGACAACGAAAGAAAUGCCAAAUUUAUGGCCCCCUCAAACUGUCAAUAAAAUUGAUUCUACCUAUUCUCAGAGUCAUGAUCAAACAAUGUUUACAGAAGACAUUAUAAAAUUGCUCGAUUUUGAUUCAAAACCUCCAGUAACAGAUGAUGUAACAACGGAAUUACAUGAAAAUAAAAUUGAGCCGACUAAAGAAACACGGUGCGCAAAUUUCGAUCAAACUGGUAAUUAUGUGAGAGAUGAGAGUCAUAAGAAAUCUAGUGGACGUACAAAGGUUGCUGUUUCUGGAAUGUGGUAUCAUCCCAAAAAGAAAAAACCAUUACAGUCAAAUAUUGUUAAAAAAUUUGAGACGAUAAUAUUUAAUCUAUCACAAAUUAGCGAAGCUGCUUUCAUACAACACGAUAUGGAUAUAAAAAUGGCCCCCAGGUUUUAUGAAGUUGUAAAAUAUCCAAUGUGUUUACACGAUAUAUCUACAAAACUAAAGAACUCGUCUUACACCGAAUAUGAACAAGUGGUUCAAGACUUCCGGCGUAUAUUUAACAAUGUUCGUCUUUAUUUGAAGAACUAUCCUGAUGCAAUCAUGAAGAAAAACGUCAACAAGAUUUCUGCAGAUUUUGAAAAGUUUUUAAUUGAUGAAUUUCAAAACAAAUGGGAAUGUAAAACAAAAGCACCAGAUAGUGCUGAUUCUCACGUCAAUACCAAGAAAAAAGAAGAGAAGGAAGUGGAUGCCGACAGUUCUGAGAACAAUUAUAAAGAAGAGCAAAAUAAGAAAAAUGAUUCAAAAGUCUGUGCCACAGAUGAUAAGUGA